AUGAGGGGGCUAGGAUGCGCCCCCGCUGGACUCGACACCAGCGAGAAAUGGCUACGUAUAAACCAACUAGUACGCGAUCAGAAAAUAGCAGUUCUUGCAGUACAAGAAACGCACCUCACAGCUGAGCGCGCCGAGAGGCUUAACGACCUUUUCGAAUCAUCCAUACGCGUUAUGUGCUCUCCUGACCCGGACGCACCAACGGCGGCGAAAGGAGUGGCCUUUGUACUCAACAAACGGCUGAUGGACGCGGAACGAGCGGAGGUCAAAGUGGUCGUGCCGGGGAGAGCACUACUCCUCGACAUGGGCUGGGGUGCCGCGAACAGGCUGCGAAUCCUGAAUGUCUACGCACCCAAUAGCAUGGCGGAGAACGCGGCCUUCUGGGGGAACAUCCGGGAUGCGAUACGGGCCGCAGGGGUAGCGAAACCUGACGUUGUCAUGGGGGACUGUAACGUCGUAGAGGACCCCAUAGACAGGCUUCCCCAAAGAUCCGACAACGAGGAGGCCGCCGGCGCGCUUCGGACUCUCGUGAACGACCUCGGACUGUGCGACGGCUGGAGGGAGACCUCCCCGGGGGUGAAAGCCUUCACCUACCUGCAACAGAGCACUGGCAGUCAGUCCAGGAUAGAUAGAAUAUAUGUGUCCACGGACCUUGUUGACCGCACCGCGGACUGGGACAUCAUAGGAUCGGGCGUGCACACCGACCACCAGCUUGCAGUCUGCUCGAUUGCCAACUACAACACGCCGUAUGUCGGGAAAGGGCGGUGGACCCUGUCGACUGCGGUGAUAAGAGACCCAGCGUUCCUGGGCGAUGUGGCCGCCAUAGGGAUAAAGGCGCUGACGGAGGCGAGGGCAGCCGCGUCGGGGGGCGACGAAAACAGCCCACAACGCAUAUAUCUGAGCUUCAAAGAGGACGUCAGAAAGCUGGCGAAAGAGAGAACGAAGAAGCUAUACGCGAAAUGGGACCAAAAGAUAAACAGCCUCCGAGAGGCGAUCAAGAACACGCUAAAUGGCGAC